AUGGCUACUAACAUCACUUGGCACGAGAACUUGACCAACGAGGAGCGUGCCGAAUUUAGAAAGCAGAAGGGUGUUACUGUCUGGUUGACUGGCCUCUCAGCCAGUGGUAAGUCUACUAUUGCCUGCGCUUUGGAACAGACUCUUUUGCAGCGUGGAUUGAACUCUUACAGAUUGGAUGGUGACAACAUUAGAUUCGGUUUGAACAAGGAUUUGGGAUUCUCCGAGGCUGACAGAAAUGAAAACAUCAGAAGAAUUAGUGAGGUUGCAAAAUUGUUCACUGACUCUUGUUGCGUCACCUUGACUUCCUUCAUUAGUCCUUACAAGAACGAUAGACAAAUUGCUAGAGAAUUGCAUGAACAAUCGAAAUUGCCUUUUGUUGAGGUAUAUGUCGACGUUCCUGUUGAAGUUGCCGAGAAGAGAGACCCUAAGGGCUUGUACAAGAAAGCCAGAGAGGGUAUCAUCAAGGAAUUCACCGGUAUCUCUGCCCCAUACGAAGCCCCAGAGAAGCCAGAAAUUCACUUAAAGAACUACGACGGUCAGACUAUCGAGGAAUCUGCCAAGGCCAUUGCAGACUUUUUGAUUGAAAAGAACUACAUCUGA